AUGCAUCCAGCGAUUGAUAUUGCCGAGACGGCUACCUGUACCACUUGCCGAUUCGUGGAGGACAAAUCAAAUUACUGGACGGCUGUCAUGUACUUUAGGCAUCCCAAUGGGUCGUUCAUCCGUGUACCCCAAAUGGCAAACCAUAACACAGGACCAGGUCUCGCCGCGGGAGGAAUGACGGUCUAUUAUUUCCAGCCAAGAGCUCCUACAAAGAACCUCAAGAUUCAAGCAUUCGCUAAAGGCUUCAGAAUGAUCACCGGAAACCCGAUGCUUCGGCAAGGUAUUGACCCCAGCAAGACUGCUGCUCGCGCAGUCACUAUGAGGUGCUUCGGCGUUCCGAUCCCUGGGGGUGGUGGGACCCCUGGAUAUCCGGGAGAUACGGUUCACUUCCCAACCACGCCCUGCCCAGAGGGUAUUCGUUCGAAUAUCUACUUCCCUCAAUGUUGGGACGGCGUCAAUCUCGACAGCCCUGAUCAUUCGAGUCAUGUCGCUCAUCCAGUCGGACCUCCAAGUCCCGAAGGUCUCCAGAUAUUUGGAACGGACUGCCCUGACACUCACCCCGUCCGACUUCCUCUUUUGUUCAUGGAAAUCAAUUGGGAUACGAGGCCUUUCAAUGACCUGAGUCUCUGGCCCGAAGAUGGCUCACAACCGUUCGUGUUCAGUAUGGGCGAUCCUACCGGGUAUGGGCAGCACGCCGACUACGUAUUCGGAUGGGAAGGCGAUUCUCUCCAGCGAGCUAUGGAGGUCUGCACCGGUGGAGACGGUAUCCCCACAAACUGCCCUGCAUUAACCGUCCAAGAUAUGGACUCCAUGAACCAGUGCAGACAACCCAACAAGAUCGACGAGAUCGUGGAAGGCCAAUACUUGGACAAACUCCCGGGAUGCAACCCGAUCCAAGAAGGACCCGAACCAGCUACGAUGGUACCCAACUGCAAUGCUAUUUCCACUACCACAGCUGCGCCUUCGCCGACUCACCCUCCCGAGGUUGUAAUUCCUCCAUGGACAGUCUGCUACUCAGGACCUCCUCCCAACCCAAAUCCAUUGAUGCCCAAUUGCGAUUCGAUUCCAGUGAAGACGCCUCAACCUGAGGCUCCGGAGGCUACAUUGCCGCCUGCAGUGGUGACUCCGAUCUAA